AUUCAAUUCUUUCAUCAGCUUCAUUCUAUGUAUUGUGUAUGUUCUUAAAGAGUGAGCGCUCAAAGAUUCCGGGCUCUCUCACUGGUAGUCGAGCAUAGACGCCGAGAUGAAGAAGCAGUUGAAGUUGAAAAGCGCGGUUUUCAAUACGAAGUAACGUCGCGCGUGUCCAGCUGAACGGUUACGCUUACGAGACUGAUCGUCGUCAAGUGACGAGUUAACUCCCUUUUUCCGCGCAGCAUAUGUCAGGCGGAAGUUAUCGAGCUGUGUUGGUACAAAACCCGCAGUCUUUGACUGUGGGCCUCUCAUUUUCGGGGAUCGACAUUCAGCUUGGAGGACUUAGUACAAUCGGGACUUAGUGCAAGUGCAACUACUAUUGGUGUAGGUCAAUGCACAUAGGAGUUCUGAUAGCGACUUCAUUGUCCCAGCGAGGAGUAAGCGAGCACAUUGUCUUUGUCUUUUCUUGUGGAACGGCAAGGGUUUCGCAACCACAGCGAGACGGCUGUUCCUCGUUUCAUUUUUGUGCCCGCCGCAUCGUUCAAUAACUCCCACGUUUCGCAAAUGACGUAAAAGUCAACGCAUCUUCAGAGGAGCUUGCAUACAAAAUCUUCUACUACGAGCGAAUAGUACCCCUCUUGGGAUAUGCAAAAUCGCCACUUGCCGAAUAACUACAUGCAGGAGUUGAAGGCGAAGUAGGACAACAACAACGAAAAUGUCGAGCUCAAAAUUUACAGACGGGCCUUCCACACGGAAGAAAAAGAAGAAAGAUGAGGUGCGACAUUAAGGCUAAAUCUAAAGCAUAUUAACUCAGCACCAUUCCUGGCUCUUUUCCUACUUGAAAAAUUAGUCAGGGGUGCUCUCAGGGAUGCAACCGCGAUAUCUCUAACGAAAGUUGCGGCUCAUGGCGGACCGAGAAUACGUCGGUCCGGUCAAAACAAGCAGUGUGGGUGAGCAAUUCCUAGAAGGAACCGGGCUCUAUCAUUGGGAGCAUGCGGGCAUCGUUUACGAAGGCCCCUUCAGAAAUUCCCAGAUACAAGGCCACGGAACAUGUAUUUUUAGACUUUUUGUGACGAUCCUCUGAAAUUCAAAUUUAGAUAAGAUGAAAGACAGAGAACCUAAGGGGCCAGGCCAGGGGCGGUAACUCCUAGUGGGGUGGAGAUAAUCCGAUUGGUGUAAAGCCCCCAAGAUCUACGCUGUGUUUUAAGAGUAGGCUACUUUUGCCAUGCAAAUGCAUUUGUAUUUUGUAUCUCUGCUGACCUCCUUGUGCUUGACACCAUCCUCAUUCAGGUAGAUGGCAUGAUGGGCGGUUUUAUGAUGGAGAGUUUCAGGACGGUUACAGGCAUGGAGAAGGGUUCUUUUUUGCCGCAGACGGCAACUCCCGCUUCAAGGGAGGAUGGCAGCAGGGGGAGAGGCACGGCUACGGUGUCAUGGUUUAUGCUGUGGAUAGUGAAUUUCAUCCAGUAAUCCCGCCAGGAAAAAAACGCCCCUCACUAGAUGCGGCUGGUGCAGGCGAUGCUGGGGUAAUUGUUUUUAUUGGAAAUGUGAAUUGCCUUAGACUGCUUUCGAUGAUCCUUUCAUCAUCGGUAACGAAAGCACCAGUUCUUUAUUUCUACGUCGUCCUAUGCUCGAGAAGAUAUGGUCCUUACGUGUGAGGUACAAACGAGAUCGUCUUUGACGAUGUGCUACAACAACUGGAAUUGGUUAAAACACCUGCACUAUGUAUCUUGAUCACGUGCGAUUCACCAAUUUCCUCAAUCGAGCCACGAGCUGAGAUUUUAGGUUGAUAGCCUUAGCGUUCUUGAGUUCACUUGAGUUUUCUCCUCUUUUUUCACCCUCUAUACUUUUCUCUUUGUGUCUUUGAAAUGUUUGCUUUCUCUGCGCCCACCGCUGCUGGUGCGUCGAACUAAAUCGAAAAAUUUGUAAUUGUAACCUCCUAGUACAACAACUUGAACUUCCUGAUGUAGCUGUUCUUCUGCACGUACUUCCUGAUCUUCAUCUACACAUACCCCGACCCCCUGUAUUGUUUAGGCUGCAGCAACGCAGACACCAGCAAAAAGAACUAAGGAGAUGGACCCAGAGCAAAUAGAAAAGGCCUUUGAUUGCGGAAGCUAUGACUCGUGGUUCAUCGGUCACUGGAAAAACGGACUGAAGCAUGGGUACUUAAGAUAGAUUCGAUAAAACCCAGUGGACAAUGCAAUUGUAAUGAUAGAGGACACCACUUUUGAUUCUGUUGUGUAUGGCAGUUUGCACAGUCAGUUUGUGUGAGGUUCGUGGCAUUGGAUCGCAGGUCCUCUUUCAGGCUUUCUUGGCUAAGAUAGAGAUGUGUAGAGCGGUUCUAUGUCGCAUUUGAUCUUAAUAUUCCUACAAACAGGAGUGGCAUGCAGCAAUGGCGGAAAGGUGUAACCUACGACGGCGAGUGGAGCGAGGGCAUGAUGGAGGGCCACGGCACAAUGACAUGGCGGGAACCUGGGAAGAUCAACGAGACAUACAGCGGUCAAUGGAAAGGCAAUGUCCCACACGGGGAAGGUAGCCAUAUAUGGGAGGCCCUGCACAGUGCUAAGAAUGAAGUAGACAAGCACACUUCCCAGCAAAUGAACAACCGUUAUAGUGGCGCUUGGAGGGAAGGAAAACGACAUGGGUACACUUCUUACAUACUGUCAAGUUAGCAAUAAGCUUUGACUUUGUUGUACUAGGCCAACUCAUCAUGGCUAGAGGCAUCAUAAUACUAUUCGAAAACGUGUAAGGUACUGUUACAUAGUGCAACUGGUAGAGGAUUUCUUAGAAAAAAUGUCAGAAAAACUGCGCUCAGAGCUGCAUCUAUGAUUUCUCGCAUUUAGUUUCGAAUUCGAUUCAGUUUUUUGUCAGGUAAGCUGUGAAACGACAAAACAGGUAUGGCGUCUUUUUUUAUGCAAACGGCGCAAAAUAUCAAGGGCAGUGGUACGACAAUCUGAAGCAUGACGAGAAAGGUCGCUUCACGUUUGAGGAUGGGUCUGUCUACGUCGGGGCCUUCCGUUAUGAUACAAUGGUGUGAUCUGAUUCUUGAAAUAUUUCGCUUGCAGUUGUUGAUUUCUUUGUCAGAAUUUCCAAUAGGGUGGACAAGUUUUUCUUCAUAGUGGCGAUUCAGAGCCAGCAGAUGAAGAGUGUGAUCAGUCGAGAGACAAUGCAAAUCAGCAUAGCUGGGAUAGGUUUUGGAUAAGUAUAUUGGAUCAAGGAAUUUGAUAGUUGAACUAGUAGUACGCGAGACCCAAUUGCAGCAAUUUCUUAUUUGCUUCAGGUGAAUCCACCACGGGGGAAAGCAGCAGCGAGCAAAACGACCCUCAACAUUGGAGGCGAGGACAAUCCUGUGCGCCUCUGCAUAAAUAUUCACGAUUUAACGAUGUGGAUACAAGAGGACAAAACCAGAGUGGUCAAAUUAUGACUUUCAGAGCGGUGUUUCUGUUUGUUUCAAUGUAAAAGAUGAAAAUACUAGAGAAACAAGCUUUGUGUAGACUCGAUCUGCGUUGGUCCCAGCAUUGCUCUAAUCUUGGAUCCUCUUACCGGCACAUACAACUUGCUUUUGCGGUAUAUGUCGGAAACUAAGCAAAUAUAUCUCCGAUAUCGGAAGAUGCUUAAGAGUGACGAGGACGAUCCAUACGUGCUUACAGUACUGCAGUUCUGGUGCUUCGCGAGGGACUUCAGACUAGUGACGCCCUUGUGUAGUCUGGGGCGACUAACGAAGUGGAUCGUCAGCGGACAAAGAUGGCACCGCGAGAAUUGCCCCGAAGAUUUUGAGAUGCUCGAUAGGAUAGGCGAAGUGAUAGCGAAAGAAUUCGGCUAUUUUAGGCCUUUCGGGAACGCGUCACAAGUACAAAAAAAGAUGGCUUUGAUGCAUUUGGUUUCUAUCAUGCCUGACCCAGUACAACGCACUAGAAGUAGAUGGAGCACGCAGCAAACUUGAAAACUUGAACUUAAUAUUUACUUCUACAUAGAUAUAUCUUUGUUCUCGUUGAUUUCGAGGUACAAGACGCGCAUAGCUGGGAAGUAACGCUUUUGUUUCGCCACUUCCUUGAGGGUUUGGUUCGAGCUGCCGUGGCACGAUACCCCUAUAUGACCGACCUAGAGAAGCAGCUAGAGCGGCUCUUUAAGGAGAACAUAAAGCCGCUUCUACACGUGGCGUCUAUUAGCUUCAACGCCUUCGACAUGCUCAGAGCACCAGAAUGGAAAGUGGUACAGAAUAAUAAAAAUAUGCACUCCUGUUUAUGAACGACGUGGGGGGCGCUAAUGUGGUUUCCUCUAGGGAAUCCAUUGUUAGAAAUAAUCUCAUAUUCGUUCUUCCCUUUCCCAAUUUUCUUCUCAAUUUCAGAUACUAGAGCGGCACCAGGAGAGGCUGUUGCGUUUUUUCCAUAGCAUAUCAAGUGGCGCCGGCGCUUUCGGCGUGGAUCCACUAGGCCUUCCGGAGCGCGUCGGAUCCGGAAUAGCGCUGACAAACUCGAGACGGAGCCAUGUGAACGCCAGGAGAAUGAUCACAGUUACUUUCAAGGAAGUCUUGAAAGCCAUGCGAGGAGCAAAUCUGCUACCAAAUAAGCUGAACUUAGUGCCAGACUUGCGAGCCAUGGUGAUUCCCAACCUAGACGAGGUCGACGAUGACGACGCACUAGGCGUCCUCAAGCAGACCAUCACAAGAACGCAGAUGCAGAGGGGCAGCCUCAACUACCGCGAAGAAAAGAAGCAAGGGUAUCUACGUUGAUGUAUUUAUGAGGCUGCUAAUAUCAUCAACAUAGUCAUGAUGAUGUUGGAGGUGAUAGCCAUGGAUUAUUUUAGUUGCUCUUGAUAUCCUGUUAUACCUUUUUGAGUUUCUUGUGUUUGCAUUGAUCUAAGAACCAGGUGUUCCUACUACAAAUAUUUACCCUAUAACUAUUGAGGCUCGCUUUUACGAACUUCCUUUUGCUAUUAGAGUAUACUUAAUACAGCCAAGAAAGGAGCCUCAACUUGGAUUUCUUUUUCACUUCCAACAUGACUCUGAAACUAGGCUUGACGCGCUUUUCGCAAAUGCUCUCGGAGCUAGACCACAGGAGGCAAAGGCUGAGGCGGUACCAGUGUAUGAAGAAGACAUGAAAAACGUCAAUUGGUCCCUGCCUUUCACAACGACGAUAGAAUGCAUGACCGAGGCGAUGCAUCCGCAUACUACAAACGUGCUCCGCUACUUCGUCGAGUCGCAGCCAGGAAAUGAGUGUACUUACAUACAACCUAUUACCCAGAAGCGAGUGUCGAUCGAUGUAGUCAUCAAAUCUUUGUCUUUCGGACUUGGUUGCCUAUUGGGAGGGCAUGGUUAUCAUCAAUCUACUAGAUCUAUCGUUAUCAUAUUCAUCUGCUCCGAAAUCCUGAACCGGCUUCAUCUCAGUUAUCGGGCUUCUGGAGUUCUUGGAGACUGAGAUGAAUUUUGCAGAAUUCCUGAUUUUUGUGAUGCAGUACACGGAGAAAGCGAGCAGAGAUGCGCAGUCAGGUACAGAGCUUUUGCCGGGAGUACUGAUUGAGGACAAAGUCGAUUCGUUCUUGAAGUGGGUCUUUCUACCAGCUGUAGAAGGCACGCCAUAUGCAACAGCGCCAGUGGACGAGCCUGCAGAUUUAAGACUGAAGUAGAAUUUCUCUUCGCUACUUUGUUCGUCUUGUUCGUUGUACUGCUUACAGCCACAACAUAUGACAAGUCGUUGACCUAGACUCUAUCAUCUUGGGCUUAAGUAGAGCAGGAGCGAGUCUCGAAUAUGUAUUUAGUAGCUUCGUGUACAUUCUAGCAUUUUUUCCCACAGUUUUCAAUUUGAAAAAACCGAAAAGAUACCGACAUUUUUUUCUACAACUCCUAUGUCUAAUGUGUGACGCGGGCGCGGUAGAAGACGAAAACGAGAAUAAGGAGGAGGAUGAAGAGGAAGAGGAAGAUAAAGAAGAUGUAUCCCCCGAAGACGGGGAGGAUGACGAGGUAUUUUUUUUGUUACACCUAUCAUUGACUCUUCAUUUUCUUGUUCUCUUAAAGAGAAAAUCGUGUGCUCAGACUGGCUGAAACAGAAAGACCUUGCAUGUGAAAACUAGAGACAAACUCAAUGAAUACCGAAAAACUCACAGGAGGGAAAAGAAGAAGACGAAGAGGAGCGCGAACUCAAACGACGAGCGGAAGAGGAGGCAGCGAUACUAGCUGAGAUGUCACGAGAAGUCGACCUGUUUCAGCCUAGUGACAUCGGACUCGAGGAGGACCGCAUCUUCCCGGAUGACUACAUUCAAAGUAUCGAGGAGUGGAAGGCCUAGUAAGACACUGAGUUCUAGGUAACGCCUAUUCCAGGACGACGCACACGUGCUCAAUUUGGAAUCAUAAUGAAGAUAAGCUCAUCUUCAUGAUUACACGGAUCGGUCCGUAGCAGAUUCCCAGCUUCCAAGCAGCAUCUUCGAAGCCAAUUUUUGGAUUCCGAAACCCAAAAGAAGGCAUAUUCAAUUUAACUUCUAGAAGAUGGCCAUGGCAGGACUUUUUUUCCUUGGCGGAAGUACUCAACUGUACUCAAACUCAACUCUGUUACUCUGUCAUGAUUUACAUCAAGCGGUGUGAUGAUUAUCCUCAUCUAUACGUGAUUUAUCAGAGCCUGCUAUUUUUAGAUUUCGAUCAUGAAAAACCUUUCGAAAAACAAGGAGUCUGAUUGACACUUUUGCAAACACUUACAAUAGAUACGUACAACAACUCGUUUCUAAUCAAGAGUUUAAUCAUUUUCGCAAACAAGAUGAUGAUGAAGUCUAGAAGUUGUAGCGUUAUAGCUUGAACAGAUUCUCGGAGACUUGUUUCGCAAGCUUUUAACUAUGUCAGACAGUAUUGCCCCCCAUAUCUGGAGAACCUCUUCCAGGGCACUAGAACUCCCCGCUGAUAGUAACCCGCUCUCCAGCCUGUACCCACAAGACCCUUUGUGCUCUUUCAUAUGAAAUGUUUUUCUUACUGCAAGCAAACAUUCGUUCAAAGCGUGAAUGCACCAAGAAGUGAGUCCUUCAAAUAUUAUUUAUUGUAGUCAAACUCAAAUCAAAUUGAACUCCUG